GAGGUAUUAUAGGUUGUGUUAUAUUAUUAUAUUAUUAUAAUUAUGUUAUGCAAGUGACAUGGACGGAGACAUUUCCCAUCAGAGCAAUGUUCCUCUUAUGCAGGAUAUUUACUUUUUUGAUUGUGUCUCGCCUGCAUUUCUCGGAGGAUGCCCGUACGCAGUACCUGGAUCAUCAUCUUUUCCCUACACAGACCACACCCUGAAGAGGCGAGGAGGGUACACAUCUACACAAGAUCUUUCCUACUUUGCGAAAAUUAGACGAAGCAACCAAAGAUCUACGUGGAACAUGAGAUCAGGUUCUCAGCAACGCAUGAUCGUGCGGCAACGAUCAGCCGUUUAUGGGGCAUGGGAUCGUUGUGACAGGUAAAACCAGAACAGGCGCCCCACCCCCUUCCAGAUCAGCUGUGCUGUCGUCAUGAUACCGGUACCAGUCCGU